ACUUCCUUCCAUUCAAACGUUUUUCUCAUCAACAAAGUUGCAUGUGCUCCAUCAGUUUGUCAAGUUGCAGAAGUUGCAUACUAAAGUAAAAAUUUGGAAAAGAACACAAUUUCAAUUUGUUUGUGAAGAGUUGUAAUAGAUGAGCUUUGAAAAUGGAUUCGUGGGAUCCAAGAAGAGAUGACUUUGAUAACAAACAGUUCAACUCAUAUGACAGAGGACCAGGAAGAAACAUCCGAAAGAAUCAGGAUAAGAAAGAAGGGGUCCAAUUGUAUAUUACAGGCAUACCUAAAGAACUGUCAGAUGAUGGUCUAUCAAACCUGUUUAGUAGAGCUGGAAACGUAUUACAUGCAAAGAUGAUGGUAUCUAAACGAGCAGACUUAAAGAGCACCUUUGGGUUUGUGACCAUGUCUAAUUUGGCCGAAGCAGAAGAUGCCAUACGUCAGUUGAAUAAAUUUGAAUUGAGAGAACAUACCCUAAAAGUUGCUAUUGCUAUGUCAGAUGAGGACAGACAAAGGAGAAAGAACGAAAAACAGGAUCAAGAAGAGUUUCUUAAUUCCUUGCCUUCAAGUAGAAUGGGUGGUCAAUCCCGGCCCAGAGGUUCAGACAGCGACAGUGAUAAAGGCUCAGUAAAGUCUGGAAGAAGAAUUGUAUUAACCAACGGUCAUCAUGGACAGCAUGGAGCUCAUAAACAGAUGAAUAACCAAGGUAUAAGAAACGAUGGCAGACCAGGAAUUCUUGGCAGUUAUUUAGGAACACACAUGAAAUGUGGUGGAAGAGUGACCCCAAACCCUUCAUAUAUGCCUGUACAACAUGGGCCAUCACAACUGAGUCAAAGAUUUAACCAAUUUGAUGGAAAUGGAUUAAUGGAAUAUGAUGGACAGUCUGAUUGUGGAUCCUAUGCUGGUGCAAGAGGACGAGGACGUGGCGCUAGUCCACAAGAUUUUAGGAACAGCAACUCUGGUGGUUAUGGGCGUGGGAUGCCACAAGGGGACAGAGGAUAUGGACGUGGGAGAAAUCCAGGCUAUGGAAAUCCCUUUGGUGAUGGGUAUGGGCAUGGCAACAGGCAACCAAGAUACUAUAAUGAUGGAAAUAACAUAGAUUACAGAGGUUUUGGGCGUGGCCAACCUUACCCAGGUGGGGAUUAUUACAAUGGAUAUGAAGGUUAUGGGGGAGGUUAUUAUGAAGAUCAUAGUUAUAACAAUAACAAUUAUGGAUACACAUACCAGGACAACUAUCAUAAUACCCCUAAUUAUGGAGCUCACAGAAAGGGUAAUAUGGAUUAUGGUAAAAGACAAAAUAUGCAUGCAAGCAUGGAAUCUCUAGCAGGUCCAAGAAAAGAUGUCAAAAGAGCUAUAAAAGUGGACCCAAGACCAUGUAAUGUGUGUAGUACAACAGGUAGCUUCCAGUGCAGUAGAUGUAAGACUCCAUACUGUAGUGAAGAAUGUCAGAGGUGUGACUGGGAAAGACAUAGACAGUUUUGUCAAGAUCUUAGGAAAGAGAAUGAAUUUGCUUCAAAAUUUGAGGACCAGUUUGAAAUCUCUGUUGGAGAAGAAAUUGUAGAGCAAAUGAAGACAAAAUUAGAACAAAGUACAGGUGGCAAAGUGGACUACAAGACAAAAACAGAUUCACAGAAGUCACCAAUCAAGCAGCAUGGACAGAAAAGUCCUAAAUCUUCAGAUGGUGGAAAACAGACAAUGUCAAAGUCCCCACUGAAACAGCAAUCAAAAAUGAGUCCAAGAACAGGAGGACCAGUGAGUCCAGCACCUAGAAAAGAUAGUCCAAAGAAGAGUCCACCAAAGUCAGAAGCUCUAAAGCAGGAUAUUAGCUACUGCACCCUACCACUUAAUUCAGAAGUUGAGGUUUUACUGGCGGACAACACAUCACCAGACCACUUUGCAGUACAAUUUCACGACGCAGAGAUAUUAGAAGCUACAGACGAACUGUUGAAAAGAAUGAAUGAUUUUUACAACACUGGUGGCGAGAAAGUACAGUCACCCAAUAUUGGGAUGCUGUAUGCAGCACAGUUUAGUGCAGAUAACAACUGGUAUAGGGCCAGAGUGGACUCUAUCACUGGAGAUUCUGUCGCUGUCACAUAUAUUGAUUAUGGCAAUACAGAAAACUUAUUAGCAGAGAAACUUAGACUACUAUCUAUUGAUAUGACGAGUAUGACGUCUGCAGCAAUUAUAUGUCAGCUUGAUGGUGUACAAGCAGUAGGAGGCUCUUGGAGUAGAGAAGCUAUUGACAAGUUUAGAACACUAGUAGUCCCAGUAAUAGUCAGUGGGGUUUUAACCAAAGUCAUAGCUUCUUCAGUACAUAACAGAAUCCAUAAGGUCAAAGUUAUGGAUAAUAAUGGUGUUGAUGUUGGACAGACCCUGGUUAACGAUGGGUUUGCUAGGAUGGGAGGUUCAAUGGAUCUGUCGCAUACAAAAAGUGAAAUGAGAACACCAAUAAUGUCUUCAGAUUUGAAAAAGAUUGCAGAAAGUCUUCAUGUAGGAAGCAAAGAAAAUGUGUUGGUCACUGAAAAGAAUUCUCCUGUCUUAUUUUAUGGGCAGAUAGUACAAGAAGAGAUAAUUACAAGAUUCUCCACAUUUGAUCAGGAGCUGGUCAUGGAAAUGACUAGCUUGAGAGAAAUUGUGCCUUAUAGACCAAAAUGUUUUGGAGAAAUUGUUUACGCCAAGUUCACAGAUGGGAAAUGGUAUAGAGCAGAAGUAUUGUCCAUUUCUGGCAAUGAUGCAUGUUGUCUAUUUAUAGACUAUGGAAAUAAAGCAACAGUGAAUUUCUCGUUAAUACAGAAAGCUUCAUCACUGUGCAAGACUGUUCCACAAAUUGGUGUAAAAAUGAAAAUUGAAGGUUUAUCUGAACCGCAAACAUGGACAAAGAAUACAUUGAAUGUAUUUGAUGACUUAAUAAAUAUGGAUCAGCCUAAAUUAUUUGAAAUGGAAAUGAAAUCUAUAAAUUCUGACAUAGUGGAAGUUGAUUUUGUGGAUGAGAAAGGAAAGUCUGCUUCUGCUCUGAUUCGUCAAACAAUGGCUAGUGAAGGCCCUUCUUCUGUCAUAAUGACUUCCUCAAUUCCAAAGGAAACUUUAUCAGUUGAUGGAGCCAAAGAGGAUAUGAUGAUAACUGAACUGUCAAUUCCUUCAAACAGAAUAUACUUACAAAAGGCAAUACAAGAAAAUGCUGAAAGAAUAGAAGCUAUUCGCAUGGAAAUGACCAUGUUUUGCAAGUCAAAUUCAAACUCUUAUCAACCUGUAAAAGGAGAAUUGGUUUGUGCUCUGUUUCCAGAUGAUGGCUUGUGGUAUAGAGGAGAUGUUUUAGAAGUUAAGGGAGACAUGUACAGAGUUCAGUUUGUUGAUUAUGGAAAUGAAGCUGUGGUUCAACCAGCCGGCAUCCGUAAAAUCUUGCCAUCGUUUGUUGAACUACCUCAACAAUCUGUUUGUUGUACACUUAAAAGUUUAGUGUUAUCUGACUUGAAAGAGAAUCAGUUAAUUACAUUUUCAAAUUCGGCAAUGAAUGCAAUAAUAGCAGUUGAAGCUCAUGAAAUACAAAAUGAUGCAUAUGUUUCCACAUUUUAUCAAAAAGGAGACGGAACAAGUAUUAACAGUAUGCUUAGUGAAGCAGAGGUAUUUUCUACUGCAGGCGAGAGUCAGAAAAUAAUUGUGGCCUCUUCUGUUCCAAUGGAGCCUGUUCCAGUUGAUGGUUCCCAAAUUGAAGUGCUCAUCACAGAAUCCUUAGAUAUGAAACAUGUUUACAUUCAGAUAUAUCAAGAAAAAUAUCACCAGAAUUUACAAGCUUUGACACAAAAGUUACAGAGCUACUGCCAAUCUAACAAUGAACCUUAUAUGCCUUCCAAAGGUGAACUUGUAUGUGCUAAAUUUGAUGAUGAUGAAGUUUGGUACAGAGCUGAAGUUCUGGAUAUCAGUGGCAAUGACUACACAGUACAUUUUGUGGAUUACGGAAAUAAGUCAUUUGUCAAAUCAUCCUCAAUCCGUAAGAUCAACAGUUCACUUUCUUCAAUGUCAAAGCAGUCCAUAUGCUGCAAUAUAGUGGGAGUUGAAUUGAAGAGUCUACCAGAGGAGAAACUGUUGAAAUUUGCUAACAUGGCAAUGCAGGGUAAACCAGUGAAAUUGCAAGGUCUUAAGAAGGAAGAUGGGUAUUAUGAUGUUGAAUUAUACACACUCAGUGGUGAGAAUAUUAAUGCCAUGUUUGGGUCAGUACAGGAAGAAGUUCAACCGUCUUCAGAAACUACACCUCAGCUGACAAAUGCUUCUGCCGGGGUUAUCAUGGCCAAGUCUUUGCCAAUUUUCGAAUUGCCUUUAGACGGAACAAAAAUAAGUAUGAAAUUGAUUGACCCUGGUGACUAUGAAAAUAUGUACUUCCAGACUGAUGUUCAUGGUGAUAAGCACACACUGUCUCUCUUGUCAUCUCAGAUAGGGAGCUUUUGUCAAGAUAAUCCGCUUCCACAUAAACCUGUGAAAGGUGAGCUUGUAUGUGCCUUGUUUUCUGCAGACAGUACAUGGUACAGAGCAGAAGUUUUGAAUAUAUCUGGAGAUGAUUAUGAACAUCGCUUUGUUGAUUAUGGAAAUUGUGAAACAACAAAAUGCAGUAAUAUUCGUAAAAUUGAUGAAACAUUGACAGUUAUACCGAAAUUGGGUGUUUGCUGUAAUUUAAAAGGAAUUGACUUAAAAGGCUUACCAGAGGAAAUGAUUUUUGAAUGUUUAACGAUAUUGACAAGUGACACAGUUCAAGUUCAGGCAGUGCAAAAUAAGGAGAACUCUUAUGAUAUUGUAGUGUUUACAUCUAAUGGAGAAAAUAUUAAUCAGAAAUUCAUGUUCCCGUCUUCAAUUCAAGAGCCAGUUCCCGAAAUGUAUAUGGCAUUAGAACUGCCAAUGAAGACAUUACCGUUAGACAGUUCAAAGGUGAAUAUGGUUAUUAUGGAUGCCACUAGUAUGGACACAAUUUACUUACAAUAUUGUACAGUUGAGGACCAAGAGAUGAUGGUUGAUUUGCAUAAGGCCAUUAACAUGUAUUGUCAAGAAAAAGCUUCUCCAUAUAAACCAAUUAAAGGUGAACUUGUCUUUGCUAUAUUUGAUAGCGGGGAUAGCAUGGAUUGGUAUAGAGCAGAGGUAAUGGAAAUCAUUGGAGACAGAUUCAAAGUACGUUAUGUAGAUUAUGGUAAUACUUCAGAGGUUAGGUGUGAUCAAAUAAGUAAAAUAGACAAAACAUUGGCAACUCCACCCUCACAAGCUGUCUGCUGUCGACUUUACCAAGUUGACCUGAAAGUGUUUUCACCAGAAAAACUCCAACCUCUAAUCAAUUUGGUUAGAGAGAAUAAACCUGUGCAAGUUCAAGCUGUAGAAUUGAAAGAACGAUGUUAUGAUGUGCUAUUAUUGACAAGUGAAGGGGUGAAUGUGAACCUACAAAUGUUGGGGGAAGUUGCCCCACAACAAACACAAUCAAUUAUUCUAACCAGUAGCAUUUCAAGAAAAUCAUUACCAGCAAAUGUAGAGAUGGAUGCUGUGAUAACAGAAGUUAUGGAAGACUGUCUUUUCUUUUUACAAGCAAACAUUGAUGAAACAAAAAAAAGUCUUGACAAAAUUUUAGAGCAGUCACAUCAAUAUUGUUCAUCUAACAAUACUCCUUAUAAACCUGUGAAAGGAGAGCUCGUUUGUGCUCAGUUUUCAAGUGAUAAAGUAUGGUAUAGAGCCAAUGUUGAGGAUACAAAUGAUGGCAAAUAUCUCGUUCACUACAUUGACUUUGGCAACCGAGAGUUGACAACAGAACUGUCGAUCAGGAAAAUAGAUCCAUCGCUAGCUGUGGAUCCAGGUCAUUGUGUUAAAUGUUGUCUGCAUGAUGUACUAAAAACUGAGGAGGUGAAAAACACGUUAAACAGUCUGAUGGGAGUCAUAAUAAAUAUCAAGGUCAUCAAGGAAGAGAAUGACCUCUAUCAUUUGAUUAUCGUAUCUAAUGGCAUAAACAUCAAUGAUCAACUGAAAAGAUCAAGCAAGACACCGGGGGCCGGAAGACCAAAAGUGAGUGAUCAGCUACAGAAAUCUACAUCACCAAAGGUCAAAACUGAUGAAGCUAGUCAGACUCAGCCCAUGACGACUAGGGGAGGCAGUAAUUACCUGUCAUUAAGAGAUAUUUCAAAGACAGAACCAAGUGGAAAGAACCGUUUUCUUAUAACUUAUGUUGUUGAUCCUACAGAAUUCUAUUGCCAGAUAGCUGAUCCCAAUGAAAUUCAGAAGUUGGCUACAUUGAUGCAGGGGAUGAUGUGUAGAUGUGAGAUAGAAGAUCCUGAUCCAGGUUUCAGACCACAGAUUGGAGAUCUUGUCUGUGCCUUUUAUCCUUCGGAUGGUAACUGGUAUAGAGGAAAUGUGGUAGAAGCUUAUCAGAACAAUACCUAUCUGGUACAUUAUUUGGAUUUCGGAAAUUCUGAGUUGUUAGAAGCCAAACAGAUUAGAUCUAUGCUUCCAGAAUAUAUUGAGAUGCCACUGUUGGCAUUUAAAUGCUCUUUGCCAGAUCUUGUUCCUGUAGGUCCAAGUUGGGAUACAGCUGCAAAAGAGAAACUGAAGAUUUUUCAAGCAGUAUCACUAGAUGCUGAAAUUGUGAGAAGAGAGGGAGAAACAUAUAUAGUUAAUCUAGCCCACACUGAAGAGGAGUCAAAACAGAUCAUUGAUGUGUCAGAACAGCUUAUUACUGAUGGUCAUGCUAGAAUUUCAUCAGGCAAUGCUGCAGAUGAGGCCAACCUUAUCCAACAACAGAUAGCAGCUUUACAAGCUCAGCUAGCUUCCAUGGGAAAGAAAUGAAUAUGAGAUUGAAUCCUUGUUAAACUUUGUUUCCACUGGAACAUAUAAAGCAGAACUGGAACAUGCAGCUGUGGAGAUGUGGAGAACAAAAUCUAAAUUCACAAAAGUGUCUUGAAGAAAAACUGAUGACUUGGAUACAGAAAUGAAAACUUAAAAUUACAAAGCUAGAAAUUUUCAUGUUGCUUAUGUAAGCCAUUGAUUGUAUUUUCAUUAUAUUUUGUAAAUAUUUUUGAGAGCAUUGUUGCAUUACAUUUUUAUUAUUGAUAUUAUUUUUAUGCAUUUGUUAUUGUAAUCAUAAUGUACUGGCAGAUAGCCAUUUUGAAUUUAUUAUGUUUUAUAAUGUUGUCCAAUGAUGCUUACUGAAAUUUAAGGAUAGUUCAUAUGGGUAUUUUGUAAUCACAAAUCUAGUCAAAACUGGUUUAAAAUUUUGCCUUUAAUUAUAAAAAACACAGCUUUGUUAACAUGGAAGGGAGAACAAUUUAUUUACACUUUAUUUGAGAAAAAAUAAUAACUAUUGAAAGGGGGAAAAUUCAAAUUUAAUUGAAAUAAACCCUCUUUUGUAAACAAAAUCUACCAACUGCUAAAAUAGUAGAUAUUUGUCUGCUCUGAAAAGUGUAUUCUGUGUAUCUUUUACUGCACUGUGCUGAUGAAAUGCUGUGUUGACUUGCUAGAGUUAUCUCCCUGAAGUGUUGUGUUCAGGUACUGCAUCAGACACUGUAAUAUAAAACAUUGUUUUCAAUACAUUUUUCUAUUCACAUUUACUCAAACUUUAAAACUGUUUAUAUGUUGAUGAGAUUUGUUUGUAUUGUUAAUUAUUGAAGAGUUUUGGAUUUAUAGAAGGAUUUUUUUUAUUGUAUUGUAUUUUGUAUAGAUAGAAAAAAACAAGCUGUUUUGUAUGGGUUUCUUUUUUUCUUAAAAAGACAAUGCUAAGAUGCAGUGCAGUAUUAUUUUUUUAUUUUGUUUUAGUACUUUAUAAAUAUUUUGUCUAAUAGCAUAGUGACAUGCUGUCCGUAUUUGAAUGUAAAAGGAAUAAAAAAAGAAGAUCUUCAUGUAUAGCGAUAACGUUAAUGUCUAUUAAAAAGCACUAUUUGUGUUGGAUUAUAACUUCAAGGAAAAUGAAUAUUUGACAGUUUUAUUGUGCAACGAAAGUUUUGUGUAAAACCAUUCUAUUGCCGUUUGAAAUCAAAGCGUUAUUAUCUUAAUCCUUUAUAUUUCUUGUUAAUAUAAAAAUAAGGUGAUAAGAAUGUUAUAAAUUUGAUAAUUUUGUUAUUUCUUUAUUGGUGCUAGCCAAGACCUUUUUUGUGAAUAAAAGUGUUUGCAAUGAUGGAAACCAUACCAGUAAGUACAUUUUUCCAAAAGAUCAAUUAAGAAAUAAUUCAUGGGGGCUUGAAUAUAUCGUGAUUUUACCACGGGUUGGCCCUUUAUGACAAAUAUUUUACCCUGAGCAAUAGCGAUGGGUAAAAUAUCGGCAUAAAGGGACAACCCGUGGUAAAAUCACGAUAUAUUCAAGCCCCCAUGAAUUAUUUCGGUUCUAAUAGGAAAAAAUACGGCAAUUGUUUUGGAUCGAAGCGCUCUAGAUGAAGGCAUAAUUUGCCGUUCCCAUAAAUAAACGCACUAUUAAAUUGACGUAAAAGACCGGAGCAAACUGAAUAAAUGACAUGCUUAAACUAUAACUAUUUACAAUAACAUAUUUAGAUAGGUUUGGAUGAAUCUAAAUGAUAAUUGUACUUAUAUGU